AUGCGUAGUUUUAUUGUAUUGUGUUUGGUGGCUGUGGCUUGCGCCGACAAAUUGGGCUACAAUUACAGACCUGUCGACCACUCAAACUCAGGAUUAUCUUUCACACCUGGUUCCGGUGUAGGUGGUGGAUUUUCUGGGCCUGCUUCUUAUGAUGCUCCCGGCACUGCUGCUGAAUACCAAAAGGAAUUCUAUACAUUCAGUGCACCCGAAGGUGCUUUCGAUGAUGCAGAUGCAGCUCAAAAGAUUGCUGGUGCAUUGAAAAAGAAUCUACGCGUUGUGUUCAUUAAGAAUCCAGAAAACAAGGGUUACGAAAACGCUGUACUUGCCCUGGCUAAACAAGCUGCUCAACAAAAGACCGCCAUCUAUGUUCUCAACAAACAACAUGACAUCUCUGCCUUGGCCGAUAAAUUCAACGCCCUCAACAACAACAAGAACAACAAACCUGAUGUACACUUUGUCAAAUACCGUACUCCUGAAGAUGCUGCCAACGCUCAAAGAGCCAUUCAAAGCCAAUAUGAUUCUUUGGGAGGUUCUUCUCAAAACCACAAUGGUGGCGUUGCACCUGUUCUUAACUUUGCUUCUCAAGCCCCCAUCCGCCACGGAUCAGUUCAAUCACCUAACAGUGCCUACCUGCCAUCCUCUGUAUUGCGUCGUUUCCGUUAUUAA